AGCACUCUGAAUUUGACUGCAGAUACUUGAGUGGGCAUAGACGAUCUAAGAGCUGAAUUCAGACACAAGUAGUGGAAAAAGGAACACAGACAAUUCGUCAGAGAGACAGCAAUGGCUGCUGGGCACAGGCAGCAGGAUUACAGAGGGUCAGUCUUGCUUUGCUUUCUCCUGGGGACUCUGUGGAAGAACGGGGCUGCCCAGAUCCGUUACUCGGUACCCGAGGAGAUGGAGAAGGGCUCUUUUGUGGGCGACAUCGCCAAAGAUCUGGAGCUAAAACCUGAGGAACUGUCGGGGCUCGGAGCUCGAAUCGUCUCCAGAGGUAAGCAGUAUUUUGCUCUGAAUGUAAGAAGACAAAGCUUAGUGAUCUGGGACAGAAUAGACAGAGAAGAGCUUUGCUCUCAGAGCGCCCAGUGUCUGCUGAAUUUCAAUGUUCUUAUUGAAGAUAAGUUCAAACUUUACCCUAUAGAAGUAGAAAUAUUAGACAUUAAUGACAACGCUCCUCGUUUUGGGUCAGAGAACCUGGACUUCAAAAUUAAUGAAAAAAUCACUCCAGGAACAAGAUACCCUCUGCCUUCUGCACAAGACCCGGAUGUGGGUUUGAAUUCAGUUCAGAGCUACCAGCUGAGCCCAAACCACCACUUCUCUCUGCAUGUUCAGAGAGGAACAGGUGAGGCCAAAUACCCAGAACUGGUGCUGGAGCGGGCUCUGGAACGGGAGGAGGAGCCUGUUCACCACCUCAUGCUCACGGCCUUGGAUGGGGGAGAUCCAGUUCGUUCUGGCACAGUGCACAUUCGGGUGACUGUCCUUGAUUUCAAUGACAACGCGCCAGUGUUUACUCAGUCUGUGUACAGAGUGAGUGUUCCCGAGAACGUGUCCGUGGGAACGUGGCUGCUCACCGUGAAUGCCACCGAUCCAGAUGAGGGAGUCAAUGGGGAAGUGAUCUAUUCCUUUAGGAACCUCGAAAGUAAAGCAGCCCAAACCUUCCACUUAGAUUCUCAUAGAGGGGAAAUAAGAAAUCAAAUAUCUUUGAAUUUUGAAGAAUCAGAGUUUUAUGAAAUGGAAAUUCAAGCACAAGAUGGAACUGGAUUAAUGGCCAGUGCUAAGGUCUUGAUCACAGUUCUGGAUGUAAAUGACAAUGCCCCAGAAGUGACCAUUACUUCUUUCAUUGGUUCAGUUCCAGAAAAUUCUCUCCCAGGGACUAUGAUAUCCCUUUUUAGUGUGCACGACCCAGAUUCUGGAGAGAAUGGUAAUAUCAUAUGUUCUCUUCCAGAGAAUCUGCCGUUUAAAAUAGAAAAAGGAGUUAAUAAUUAUUACAGUUUGAAGACAGACAGGGCUCUGGACAGGGAACAAGUGUCUGUGUACAACAUCACAGUGACAGUCGUAGACCAAGGGACUCCACCGCUAGCGACUUAUGCUCACCUUUCGUUGAUUAUAGUUGACAUCAAUGACAACCCACCGACUUUCAGCCAGUCAGCCUACUCUGCCUACAUCCGGGAGAACAACCCCAGGGGAGCUUCCAUCUACUCCUUGACUGCCCACGACCCAGACAGUGAGCAGAAUGCCUUAGUCACCUACUCCAUCGAGGACAGUACCCUCUUUGAGGCACCACCACUGUCAUCCAUUGUCUCCAUCAACUCAGAGACUGGCACCCUCUAUGCUCUGAGCUCCUUUGACUAUGAGCAGUUCCGGGAAUGUCAGCUGAGAGUGACAGCCAGGGACUCUGGGGACCCUCCCCUCAGCAGCAACGUGUCCUUGACUCUGUUCGUCCUGGAUCAGAAUGACAACGCCCCGGAAAUCCUGUACCCCGCCUUCCCCACGGAUGGCUCCAGUGGAGUGGAGCUGGCCCCACGCUCUGCUGAGCCAGGCUACCUGGUGACCAAGGUGGUGGCCGUGGAUGCAGACUCUGGCCAGAAUGCCUGGCUGUCCUACCGCCUGCUCAAGGCCACAGAGCCCGGCCUCUUCUCCAUGGGCCUGCACUCGGGGGAGAUCAGGACGGUCAGGACGUUCCUGGACAAAGAUGCCCUCAAGCAGAAUCUCAUCGUGGCAGUGACAGAUAAUGGCGAGCCCCCUCUCUCUGCCACUGUCAGUGUCACUGUGGCAGUGGCUGACAGCAUCCCAGACAUCCUCUCUGACCUCAGCAGCCAGGCCUCCCCAGAGACCCAGGAUGACUCUCUCCUCACCUUUUACCUGGUCAUAGCAGUGGCGGUGGUCUCCUGCUUGUUCUUUGCCUUCCUUGUCCUUCUGCUGGCUCUCAGGCUGAGAAGGUGGUGGAUGCUGCAAGUUGUGCAGUCUGCGGGUGCCCCUGUCGGGGGAGUGCCCUCCUCCCAGUUUCUGGGAAUAGAUGGAGUGAGAGCUUUCCUUCAGACCUAUUCGCAUGAGGUUUCUCUCACCACGGAUUCUCGGAAGAGUCACUUGAUCUUUCCUCAGCCCAACUAUGCAGACACCCUGAUCAGUCAGCAGAGCUGUGAGCAAAAGGAGUCUCCAUUACCUGCUCAGUCUUUACUUCAAGGAAAAGAUGAACAAGCAUUUUUCCAGGUAAACUUUAUUCUGUAG